AUGGUCCUCGGUUUCGAACGCAUCAACGAGCGCACCCAACGUCCAAACGCGCACAUAAACUUCAUCCGCACCCUCCCCGGCUCGACAUCCUCCAUAGCAGAGAACAUACUCAACCGUGUUGCAGCAAUAUGCUACCCGUUCAUGAAGUCGCACAUGAUUCUCGUUCAAGCUCUCGAGGAGUUUCCUUACAACACCGAGUUUGUUGGUCGCAACUUCAAUGCCGGCGAGGUCAUACAACUAGUCCUCCGAGACCGAAAUGGAAGAUGGUUGCCACAGAGGAUGGUGGAGAUGGUCAUGGUGCACGAGCUUGCCCAUUGCAAACAGAUGAAUCAUUCAAAGGCUUUUUGGAAGGUCCGAGAUGAGUAUGCAGUGGAACUGAGGGCACUUUGGGCAAAAGGAUACACUGGUGAGGGGCUAUGGGGUAGGGGUAUAAAUUUGGAUACAGGGGCCUUGCAGGCAGACGAUGGUGAGGCAAUGGACGUGCCUGAGCAUCUGUGUGGUGGCACAUAUGGACGGAAGAGGAACAAAAGGAAGAGAGGCGGAAAGGAAAAGCCUGCACUGAGCUAUGCAGAGAGGAAGCAACGGAGAAUCGUUAAGAAAUUCGGGGCCGGAGGACAAGCAUUGGGAGCGGACGACGAUACUAAAGUCAAGCUGGAAAAAGGUGUGCCGAAGAAGGGCAAGCCUAGGGUCGCCGGUAGCGCACGAGGACGUGAUCUUAGAGCAGCAGCAGCGUUAGCACGCUUCGAUCCGGUUAAGAAAGAGGACGUUACUAUCAAGAAAGAGGAACCUUCAUCAGACAGCGACACAGAAGACGAGUUUGUCGAAGGCGAUCAAGACGGUGCAGCGUUGGACGUAGACGGGAAGAGCAUGUUCGACGAUAAAGGUCGCGCUCUCAUCAAGAUCUGCGAAGACGAUAACGAAAACGAUGGUGAUGCAAGAAGAGAAAUGGAUGAGAUUCAAAAAUUUGCGCCGCAGCCCAAUUCUACGGCUAAGUCGACACUGGCCAGAGCCUCGAGCAAGCCACCAAAAUCGCUGUCGUUAAAGAUGAAACCUGGACCAACGAGUACCUCACGUUCGACUGCUGCCCCUGCUGCCUCAACGCCACUAUUGGAUUCGGAACUCUCUCAAUCUGAGAUUCACAAAUCUCGGCAUGACCCUGAUACUCCUGCUUUACGACUUCGACUAUCACAAAGCUUUCCCUGUCCUGUGUGUUCCCUUGAAAACGACGCAGAGGCGCUGACUUGCGCUGUCUGUGCAAACGUAUUGAAGGAAGACUCUGUUCCUGAUUACUGGCGAUGCAAGAGCGCUGCUUGCGAAGGAAGUCAGUACGUAAACGCUGGUGAUGCAGGCGUUUGCGGUGUCUGUGGAACGUUGAAGAAAUAA